UUCACUCAACCGGUUCACACUUUGUUGUCUCUUUAGCGCGGCGGAGUCGUCGGGGAAACGAGUCAGCAGGUCAAUCACUGUCGACGCUACCGGCCUUCCUCGGCGACGUCUGGUUCGAUCUCCGGCGGACAUCGUUCGACUUCAUACCCCUCGUUUUCCGAUCCGAACCCACACUCUAUCCUUUAUCUUGGAGCUCCAACGACCACAAAACCCACAUCUGCGUCCCUGACAUCCACCCCAAUGAAGCCGUCCUUCCUCAACCCCUUGCAGUCUCUCCGCUCCGCCCCUGUCCUUCUCCCUCUUCUCUCGAGGGCGCAGAUGUCUUCUUCCUCGCGGAUCCCUUCGCCUCCUGACAAUGGAGUCGUGUUGGGUUGUGGCGCCGUGUCGGUGGAUUUCCUGGCGACGGUGGCUGCCUUCCCCAAGCCUGAUGACAAGAUCCGCAGCGUCAACCUCAAGGUAGAAGGAGGUGGAAAUACUGGGAAUGCCUUGACCUGUGCUGCACGUUUGGGUUUAAAACCCAGGGUAAUUUCAAAGGUAGCUGAUGACCCUCAAGGGAGGAGUAUGCUUGAGGAGCUUGAAGCAGAUGGAGUAGAUACUUCCUUUAUGGUGGUUGGAAAGGAAGGAAAUUCUCCGUUCACCUAUGUAAUAGUUGACAACCAAACGAAAACUCGUACGUGUAUUCAUACUCCUGGAAAUCCUCCAUUGGUUCCAGAAGAGCUUACGCAUGCUAAUUUAUCAUCUGCAUUGGAUGGUGCAAACCUUGUGUACUUUGAUGGGAGGUUAUGGGAAACUGCUUUAGUUGUUGCCCAAGAGGCAAGUAGAAGGAAAAUUUCAAUGUUAAUUGACGCAGAAAGACCAAGGGAGGGAUUAAAUGAUCUACUUAAUUUGGCAACUUAUGUUGUUUGCUCUGAAAAGUUUCCACAGACGUGGACAAAUGCCCCAUCUACUGCAAGUGCAUUGAUAUCCAUGCUUCUAAGAUUGCCUAAUCUGAAAUUUGUGAUUGUGACCCUUGGAGAGAAGGGUUGUAUAAUGCUUGAAAGAAGUACAAAUGAAGCUUCUGGGCAAGAGGAAGUAGUAGUUGAAAGUUUACUGGAAUCACUAAAGACCAGCAUGGAUGCAAGUUCUCUUCUCCCAAUAUGCAUAUCAUCAAAGUCUAGCUUGAGAAUUAGUGCCAAUGGAAUUGGUGCAGUAAGUGGGAGGUUGCUUCUAGGAAAAGCAGAAGUCAUCCCUCCAUCAGAGCUGGUCGACACCACUGGUGCUGGGGAUGCAUUUAUCGGAGCAGUUCUUUAUGCCAUAUGUGCCGGCAUGUCGCCCGAGAAGAUGAUUCCUUUCGCCUCACAAGUGGCUGCUGCUGGGUGCCGAGCUUUAGGCGCUAGAAGUGGCUUGCCUAAGCGCACAAAUCCUAGAUUAGCUCCAUUUUGGCUGUAAAACUUUAACUACUGAAUUUCACGAGCAAGUUUGGUGUUCAAAACUUGGUAAGAUAUUAUCUAUAUUCAUUUAAUAAUGAUGAACUGUUCAUGAGUCAUGUUCAUAAAUAAAAAUUUUAUCAACGUAAUAAUUAAAUAAA